AUUCAGUUUAUCCUGAUUCAUUCACCUAAUAGUCCGGAGUAUGAGUCACCCAGUCAAUAUUCAUUUCUCGCCCUCAAUGAUUUUCCCUCAACAGUUGCAAUCAAGAAGAGCUGGGAUGAACAUUCUUUUCUGAUUCUUCAUCUUCAACCUCUUGUUUUCUCAUCUUUUCCAGUUCAGAUUCUGGGAAGAAAUUGAUAUUUGGAUCUUUAUAUUGUGGGGAUGGAUGUCAGAAUGGCUGCAGAUAAUGAAAUGAUUGGAUCUAACUACUUCAGAGUGCGUUGUUCCUCUAAUGGUGUCGACCAUUGCUGUUAGAGCUGAGCUUCCCUUGAUCUACAGCAAAUGAUCAUUGGAACUCAUCAAAUCACAGAAGCAAAAAAUUUCUAGAUCUUUGCCUUCACAGGCUUCAAAAGCGAAUCAAGAGAAGCUGAGUCCUGCUGAACAAUUAGAAGAAUCUUUCAAGAUAUCUCAAGGCCAGUUUCUAUGGAACCUUUCAACAAUAAAAAAUUGGGACAUAGUAAUCAAAGUGGAACAUCCGAUUUGGUAAUUGAUAAACCUGAUUCGAUCAUCUCUUUGGUUGACAGUGGUAAAGUGUCUACAGCUGAUAGUCCUGAAGUUAAUGGGAUGAGGAGCUCUCAGUUAGCUCUUGGUGAUCAAAAAAAGAAAACAUCUGAGCCUGAUAGCGCAAAGAACAGUUCAGCUUCUGCAAAAGUUAGUGAUGGUACUGGCAGCCUACCAAAAACUAGUGGAAGUGCCAAAAUAAGUGAUCGUGUUGAAUAUGUUGAAAGUGGAAAAAGUAGUAUAUGUAGAGGAAGUGCGAGCACCAAUGUGAGCGAUGAAAGCACUUCUAGCAGUUUCAGUAGCAGUGUCAACAAGCCUCAUAAAGCAAAUGACUCGGGUUGGGAAGCCAUUCAAGCUGUCCGAACAAGAGAUGGGAUUUUAGGUUUUAGCCAUUUCAGACUGUUGAAAAGGUUGGGUUGUGGAGAUAUUGGGAGCGUUUACUUGGCAGAAUUGAGUGGUACCAAGUGCUAUUUUGCAAUGAAAGUUAUGGAUAAUGAAUCUCUGGCUGGCCGGAAAAAACUUAUUCGUGCUCAGACAGAACGGGAAAUAUUACAAUCCUUGGACCAUCCUUUUCUUCCAACUCUCUAUACCCACUUUGAGACUGAUAAGUUUUCGUGUAUAGUUAUGGAAUUCUGCCCAGGAGGAGAUCUGCACACUCUGAGGCAGAGGCAGCCAGGGAAACAUUUUUCUGAACUAGCAGUCAAAUUUUAUGUAGCUGAGGUCCUUUUAGCUCUUGAGUAUCUCCACAUGCUAGGAAUUAUCUAUCGUGAUCUUAAACCUGAAAACGUCCUGGUGAGAGAAGAUGGGCAUAUAAUGCUCUCAGACUUUGACCUUUCACUGCGUUGUGCCGUGAGUCCAACACUUGUCAAAUCUUUAGAUUCAGAACCUCUCCAGAAGAGCCCUGGUUUCUGUGUCCAGCCAGCUUGCAUUCAACCAUCGUGUGCUGUUACCACAUCAUGUUUCACUCCCCGUUUCUUUUCUAGCAAGUCCAAGAAGAAGGACCGAAAAUCCAAAGCUGAUAUUGGCACUCAGGUUACCCCUCUACCUGAACUAGUUGCAGAACCUACUAGUGCUAGGUCCAUGUCAUUUGUGGGGACCCAUGAAUACUUGGCACCUGAAAUUAUUAAAGGUGAAGGCCAUGGUAGUGCUGUAGAUUGGUGGACCUUUGGGAUCUUCCUUUACGAGCUUUUGUUUGGUAAAACCCCAUUUAAAGGAUCUGGGAACCGAGCCACAUUGUUCAAUGUUGUUGGCCAGCCUCUUAGAUUUCCAGAAUCACCAGUUGUCAGCUUUGCAGCUAGGGAUCUUAUAAGGGGCCUGCUCAUUAAAGAACCACAGCAUAGAUUGGCUUACAAAAGAGGAGCAACUGAAAUAAAACAGCACCCUUUCUUUGAAGGAGUGAAUUGGGCAUUGAUACGCUGUGCUUCCCCUCCUGAGAUCCCAAAGCCAGUUGAAUUUGAGCGUAUUCCACCUCCAGCAGCAUCAACUAGUGAAAAGACUGCUCUUACUGCGGUGCCUCCUAAUCAAAAAAAUUCUAAUAAUUACCUUGAGUUUGAUUUCUUUUAGUAAAUAUUACUAGUAUAACUGAGAUUCAAGGAGAACAUACUUGUAUACAUUCUGAGAAAUUUUGGAUUUCUAGUGGACUGAAUGGCAGAUUCCUCGGCAAAAUCUUAUUGGAGGAACAAAGUAUGCUUUGUUUUUGCUGCAUGUAACAUGCAACUGUUUACCUUCAGUCUCCUGCCUGUAUGACAAUUAUGUCUUAGAAGAUACGAGGGUGGUGCUAUCCAAGUCACAAAUCUCAAGUUGAAGAAAUACAUUUUUAUGGGUUGGAACUUUCUGAUCAGUGUUUGGCUUAUGUAGGGUAAUGUAAGGAUUGUAAAUCUUGAAGAAAUCCCAUUUGGCUCCCACAAGCAAUUAAAUCAUUGCUGAAUGUAUAGUUUGUUACGUUACGUUACUACAGAAUUGCUCUUUGAUCAAAGGUUUAGCAGAACCAAGUUUGGUUGUGCUCCAGACUUUCUAAUGUUGGUGUAUUUCCUGAGAUUUGAAGCAGUGAUAUUACUUUCUUGUUCAGAAA